GUUUCAUAAUCAGUGGUAAACAUGGACAGUCACGUAGCAACCGGAGAGAGCGGUUCCAGAUGUGGUUGCAAAUUCCAGAAACUCAUUCUCUCCACACACAAAAACGUUGGAUUCAACAAGCAAAAUACUUAUCCUCGCCCUCCUGUCUACAGUUGCCUUUAGCUUUGGUCAUACUCGGUAGAACAAUUCAGUGGUUAUGCAUCGAAAUUAUCCUCAUCCAAUGCGUUAUUAAGCCUGCUUGCGUAUCUGAGCGAGUUAUAUAAACACUUGUAAACUCGAUGUUAAACCAGACAGUUCAUGUUGUACCUUCUACUAAUGUAUCGACGAUGUGCGCGGACAAAGUACAGAAGAAACCGUUGCGGCUCAUCGCCGCUGCAUGCAACAACAUGGGAAUAGGAAAAGAUGGACACUUGCCAUGGGAUUUACCGACAGAAUUCAAAUUCUUUUUGGACACUACAACAAAUGUCUCCCUACCAGGAAAAUUUAACAUGAUGGUGUGGGGCAGGGGCUGCUGGUUCUCCAACCCAGACAGUCUGUUCUCUAUGCUGCCCAAUGUCCUCCAUGUGGUCCUGAGUACCACCCUGAGCACUCUCCCGGAGCAUGCCCACUUCCUGUGUCAAGAUUUCGACAGCAUGAUCGGCUUAGCCUUGCUGCAACCCCUAUGUGACCUGGUGGAGACCAUCUGGGUUGUGGGUGGUCCACAGGUCUAUCAGGAGGCUCUGAUGCAUCCCUGGUGUGAACUCGUCUUCCUCACUGACAUCAUGGCUGACUUCGACUGUGACGUCUUCUUCCCGCAGUUUGACAGAAGCAUUUUUAAAAAACAACAGAGGUUUCCUGGAGUACCAAAUGAGAUUCAAGAGGAGAAUGGGGUUACAUUUAAGUUUGAAGUUUUCAAGAGGGAGAUCUGUAGCGCUGAGGUGAUUUAAAACUAACUUACUGCAUGAAUGCAAACACUGACUAUUCUUUGUCAGACGUUGGGUGCCUUUUUGAACUAUUCAGUUCUCCAGUGCAAUUCUAAUAGUAAUCAUUAUCCAGUUGUACAUUACACAUGUCCCACUCACUCUGCUUCAUCUCAUCUACCAGUGACUCAAUCUGCACAGUUCCAUAACACUAAUGAAUCAGAUAAGUCAAUGUGUCCAUCCCAUUCAGAUUUGUCUUACUGUAGGUCAUGUGUUGUCAGAUACAGAAGGGUUUUCAUAUUUGGCACAAAUGAUCGAUCCACUGCUGUCCCAUAUAAUAUCCUUCCUUGUCUGAUGUAUAAUCCUUGCUAUCCUCUCCCCUCAUCUGUAAUAUUCUGCUAGGACCAAACCAAUAUGGUUCUGUCUGAGUCAGAGAUCAUGUCAGACGAGUGGUCUGGGGUGACUCAUAACAACAUGGGCACUAAGGAUGGGGGGUUGUUCCUGAUAGUGCCUACGUAACAGAGGGCGAUAUUUAUGUCUGAAGAUUUCAUAACAUAUUGCGAUUUACGGCAUGAAGUCGCCACCCAAAGGCUGGAAAUCAGCCUGGAAUGGUUUUUACAUUUAUAAUUAUGAUGCAAUCAAAAGAGUAUAAGAGUGCUUAGUAUGAGCCAGGAAAUAAAUAUUUUAUUCCAGAUAAACAAAAAAUGUCUUGCUUAUUCUGAAUUAUGUUUCUUGAAAGGUGUAGGAGAGCUGUUAUUACAUUUAUUGCAAAUGUUUACAAUUGAGGAAUCUCUGCAAUGUAGUGAUGUACGUUGUAAUGAUACUUGCAUGUUUUCCCCAAAGGAACUGUAUGUAUCUUCUAUUGUAAAUUCUUCAACUUGGCAUGAUAUUGUAUUUGUCAUCAUGGCUAAUUGAAACACUUGUCAAUCAGUAAAUAUUCAUUCAACUCCAUCUUUCAGUAUACAAUGUUGGAGUAAAUGAUCCACUAGAUGGAGACAUAAGACAAGACAUAGAGAACAAAGUGCCCCCUGAAACCAAUUUCUUUCCCUUUCUACAACAUUAAAAACAUGAUCGAAUGUCAUGGAUGUGGGUGAA